UCAGACAUUAGUAUUCCGAUACCAUCUUCUCCAACCUCAAAUCAUUUUGCUGAAAACAUCGUCCCUCUGAACGCGCACAAACUCUGAUACUGCGAAUAAGAAAGUUGAAAAUGGUGAAGGUCCGAAUGAACACGGCCGACGUGGCCGCAGAGAUCAAGUUCUUGCGACGAUUAAUCGGCAUGCGUUGUGCCAACGUCUACGAUCUCUCUCCCAAAACUUAUAUGUUUAAGCUUAUGAACAGUAGUGGCGUCACUGAAUCCGGAGAGAGCGAGAAGGUUUUGUUGUUGAUGGAAAGUGGUGUUAGAUUGCAUACCACUGCAUAUGUUCGGGACAAAAGUAUGACUCCAUCUGGGUUUACUCUUAAAUUAAGAAAGCACAUACGCACAAGAAGGCUAGAGGAUGUGCGGCAGCUGGGAUAUGAUCGGGUUGUCCUUUUUCAAUUUGGACUUGGUGCUAAUGCACACUAUGUUAUAUUGGAGCUGUAUGCCCAAGGAAACAUUCUCCUUACAGAUUCUGAGUUUAUGGUCAUGACUCUUCUUCGAUCACACAGAGAUGAUGAUAAAGGAGUUGCAAUCAUGUCACGCCAUCGGUAUCCAGUUGAAAUUUGUCGAGUUUUUGAGCGUACUGCCACUACUAAGUUGCAAGCAGCCCUUACAUCUCCCAAGGAAUCUGAGAGCAAUGAAGCAGUCGAGGCCAGUGAGGGUGGAAAUAAAGUGUCUGAUGCGCCUAGAGAGAAGCAGGGUAACCACAAAGGUGUGAAGUCAUCUGAGCCAAGCAAAAAUACUAAUGAUGGUGCUCGUGCCAAGCAAGCGACCUUGAAGACUGUUCUUGGAGAGGCACUGGGUUAUGGGCCUGCACUUUCUGAGCAUAUUAUUUUGGAUGCUGGUCUGAUUCCAAACACAAAAGUUAAUAAGGAUAGCAAAUUUGACAUUGAUACAAUUCAGCGUUUAGCCCAAUCUGUCACUAACUUUGAGAACUGGCUAGAAGAUGUUAUCUCGGGUGAUCAAGUUCCUGAAGGUUAUAUUUUAAUGCAGAAUAAAAUUUUUGGAAAGAACUGCCCCCCAUCUCAACCAGAUCGUGGUAGUCAGAUCUAUGAUGAAUUCUGCCCAAUUUUAUUGAACCAGUUCAAAUCAAGGGAGUUUGUAAAAUUUGAGACUUUUGAUGCUGCAUUGGAUGAGUUCUACAGUAAAAUUGAGAGUCAACGAUCAGAACAACAACAAAAGGCAAAAGAGGGGUCUGCCAUGCAGAAACUCAAUAGAAUACGCGUGGAUCAGGAAAAUCGUGUGCAUACACUGAAGAAGGAGGUUGACUACUGCAUUAAAAUGGCAGAAUUGAUAGAAUAUAACCUAGAAGAUGUUGAUGCUGCCAUAUUAGCUGUCCGUGUUGCUUUGGCAAAUGGUAUGAAUUGGGAGGAUCUUGCCCGAAUGGUGAAAGAAGAGAAAAAAUCUGGAAAUCCUGUAGCUGGCCUCAUUGACAAGCUUUAUCUUGAGAGAAAUUGCAUGACACUGCUGUUGAGUAAUAACCUUGAUGAAAUGGAUGAUGAUGAAAAGACACUUCCUGUGGAUAAGGUAGAAGUUGAUUUGGCACUUUCAGCACAUGCCAAUGCUCGGCGGUGGUAUGAACAGAAGAAAAGGCAGGAAAACAAGCAGGAAAAGACUGUUAUAGCUCAUGAAAAAGCUUUUAAAGCUGCUGAAAAGAAGACUCGCCUCCAGCUUUCACAGGAAAAAACCGUUGCCACAAUUUCACAUAUGCGAAAAGUUCACUGGUUUGAGAAAUUUAAUUGGUUCAUCAGCAGUGAGAAUUAUUUGGUUAUCAGUGGGCGUGAUGCUCAACAGAACGAGAUGAUUGUCAAGCGUUAUAUGUCAAAAGGGGACCUGUAUAUCCAUGCAGAUCUACAUGGAGCUUCAAGUACUGUGAUCAAGAACCACAAGCCUGAACAUCCAGUACCCCCUCUUACUUUGAACCAAGCAGGAUGUUUCACUGUUUGUCACAGCCAGGCGUGGGAUUCAAAGAUUGUCACAAGUGCUUGGUGGGUUUAUCCUCACCAGGUCAGUAAAACUGCUCCUACUGGGGAAUAUCUUACAGUUGGGAGUUUCAUGAUCCGUGGGAAGAAGAACUUUCUUCCUCCACACCCUCUUAUAAUGGGCUUUGGCUUGUUAUUUCGCUUAGAUGAGAGCUCCUUGGGAUCACAUUUAAAUGAAAGGCGGGUGAGAGGUGAGGAGGAAGGGGCACAAGAUUUUGAGGAGAAUGAAUCUCUUAAAGGAAAUUCUGAUUCUGAGUCAGAGAAGGAAGAAACAGAUGAAAAACGUACUGCAGAGUCAAAAAGCAUAAUGGAUCCAUCAACACAUCAACCAAUAUUAGAAGGCUUUUCUGAAAUUAGUUCUGCUCAUAAUGAAUUGACAACCUCCAAUGUUGGAUCCAUCAAUUUGCCUGAAGUUCCUCUUGAAGAGACGAAUAUGUUGAAUGGAAAUGAUAGUGAGCAUAUAGCUGAUAUUUCUGGAGGACAUGUUUCUUCUGUCAAUCCACAACUUGAGGAUCUCAUUGAUAGGGCUCUUGAACUUGGAUCUAAUACUGCAUCUGGUAAGAAGUAUGCUCUUGAAACUUCUCAAGUUGAUUUGGAAGAACACAAUCAUGAAGACAGAAAGGCUACAGUCAGAGAGAAACCUUAUAUUUCAAAAGCUGAAAGAAGAAAGCUCAAGAAAGGCCAGAAAACCAGUACUUCAGAUGCGGGUGGUGAUCAUGGACAAGAAGAAAUUGAAGAAAAUAACGUCUCAACCAGUCAGCCAGACAAAGAUGUCAAAAACUCACAGCCAGCUGGUGGGAAAAUCAGCCGUGGGCAGAAGGGUAAGCUCAAGAAGAUGAAAGAGAAGUAUGCAGAUCAGGAUGAGGAAGAGAGAAGCAUCCGUAUGGCUUUACUAGCUUCUGCCGGAAGAGCACACAAGAUUGACAAAGAGAAAGAAAAUGAGAAUGCAGAUACAGGCAAAGGAAUGAAACCAGUUAAUGGCCCUGAAGAGGCAACAAAAAUAUGUUACAAAUGUAAGAAGGUUGGUCACUUGUCCCGUGAUUGUCCAGAACAGCCAGAUGAAACAAUCCAUAGCCACUCUAAUGGAGUUGAAGACCGGCGUGUGGAUUUAGACAAUAGUGCCACUGAGAUGGACCGAGUAGCCAUGGAGGAAGAUGACAUUCAUGAGAUAGGUGAAGAAGAGAAAGGAAAAUUGAAUGAUGUGGACUACUUGACGGGCAAUCCACUGCCUAAUGAUAUUCUCUUAUAUGCGGUGCCUGUCUGUGGUCCUUAUAGUGCAUUGCAAACAUAUAAAUACCGUGUGAAGAUAAUUCCAGGCACAGCAAAGAAAGGAAAAGCUGCAAAAACUGCCAUGAAUUUGUUUAGCCACAUGCCUGAAGCAACAAGCAGAGAGAAGGAAUUGAUGAAAGCAUGUACAGAUCCCGAGCUGGUCGCUGCUAUUAUUGGAAACGUGAAGAUUACAGCUGCAGGCCUUACCCAGUUGAAGCAGAAGCAGAAGAAAGGCAAGAAAAGCAGCAAAGCAAGUUAGUGACCUCGACACAGGGAAAAAGUUGGAAGGUUUCACUAAUGGUACUGGAGCUGCUUCUCUCAUAUCCAGCGGUCUAUCUACCACAUACAAGAAUGACUUACUUGGUUUAGAUUUUGUAGGUCUCUGGGUUGGAGGAAAACUUGAUUUUGAGUGUGGGUUAGUACACAUACAAUCAUAGAGCAUGUGAAAAAAUUGUAUCAACAAUGAACAGAGCACCUCCAGAUUAUGGGGGCCUUUGAAUAGGAAAUGGGUAGAUUGGCUUUCAUUUUCUUCA